CAUUGAUAUCCAGUUGCUUUCCCAAUUAAUUCAACUUACCUAUUGUUAACCUUUCAUCCUUGAUGCGACUUUCAGUUGGGACACCAUAUUUUAUUUUCCAGUACCAUUAUUUCCUUCGGCUAGCCCGACCUUUUGAAGGGCCGCUGGUCAAGCCGUAAUGUCUGUUAUCCUUUGUACCGCUGGGUACGAUCACACGAUCAGAUUCUGGGAGGCAUUAUCAGGAAUCUGCUCGCGAACGAUCCAACAUCCCGACUCUCAGGUAAAUCGACUGUGCAUCUCCCCGGAUAAGCGAUUCCUAGCAGCAGCGGGACACCACACGGUCAAGCUCUACGAUAUCAAGUCGACGAACCCGAACCCGCUACUUACGUUCGAGGGACACACGGGAAACGUGACGGGAGUCGCGUUCCACUGCGAGGGGAAAUGGAUGGUGACGAGUUCUGAAGACGGCAGCGUCAAGAUAUGGGAGACGCGCUCCGGCACCAUCCAGCGCAGCUAUAACCACGGUUCCGCGGUCAACGAUGUCGUCAUACACCCCAACCAGGGCGAAAUCAUAAGCUGCGACCGAGGCGGCAGUGUCAGGGUCUGGGAUCUCGCUGAGAAUAACUGCUCUCACCAGCUCAUCCCUGAAGAGGACGUCUCCGUCUCUAGCGUUACCGUCGCGAGCGACGGUUCUCUCCUUUGCGCCGCUAACAAUGCUGGCAAUGUCUUCGUCUGGCAACUCAUCCAAACCUACGAGCGCACGAACCUCCUCCCCGUAACGCACUUCUCCGCGCAUAAGGAAUACAUCACGCGCAUCCUGCUAUCCCCCGACGUCAAGAAGCUCGCGACGUGCUCUGCCGACCACACGGCCAAGAUAUGGGAAGUCACCAACGUGACGGGGACUUCGUCCGACGAGUCGUCUUCGUCGUCGCUAUCUAACAUCCCCGCGAACGGCAUCAACGGCUACGACAAGACUAAGGACAAUGGCAUAAACAACCACAACAACAAUAAUAACAACCCGUCCUUGGGCGGGGGGGAACCUAGGGCGUACCCGCUCGAGGCCACGCUCACGGGCCACCAGCGAUGGGUCUGGGACUGCGCCUUCAGCGCCGACUCGGCGUACCUGGUUACCGCGUGCUCGGACCACUACGCCCGUCUGUGGGAGCUCCACAGCCAGCAGGUUAUCCGCCAGUAUAAUGGUCACCACCGCGGCGCGGUAUGCGUCGCUCUUAACGACUACUCCGAGACGCGGUGAUUUGGAGGGGCGAGGGGGGCUGGCAAGGAGGAAGAAGGGGGAUGGAGAGGGCGUGUUUUCAUAAGUGCAGAAAACUCACGAGGAUGCGGUUUUUGAUACGGGUCUGUGUUCUUUUUAUAUACCUUAGAUACCUACGUACCUCUAUCUACCUAGGUAGGUACCUAGGUAGGGAGGUAGGUACUUAAGGUCCGGUAGGUGUAUCCUUUGGCGUUGGUGGUUUACGAGGGGCUCCUACUACGGCUGGUUUUAUCGUUAUGCGGAUAUGCAAGUUCUAUUUACCAUCUUUACGCCUGCUUAUAGGUACUUGGCGCGGCUGGACUUCGUUCUGCGAUUUGUUCUAGAUACUGAUAUAUACCUAGUACCUAAGGUACCUAGGUAUGUAUACUACAAUUUGAUAGAAAAUAACCUGAUGACGCUACUUCCAGAAUAUAGUGCUAGGAUCGUAUCAUAAAAAUGUAUAUUCUGCUUGUCAUCUGGGGCUCUAGGUUCCUAGGUAGUCUAUUUAUUUACCUUUGUAUGGAC